AUGCUUCCCCAUGCAUUGCGCGGUACAUUCCGUCAUUUUGUGGCGGAGCUUGCAGUACCGUUCUCCAUGAUUCAUCAUCGGCUGAUGGAGUACAGAAGCGACAUUCUUCAAUCAUUGACUUACGAUGGAAGUGUGGUCGGAUUGGAGCGUAUGCUUAACGACUAUUUCCGUGACAUAUUAGAAGUGCGCGCUGGAGGUGAGAGAAUUCUUGUCGAGGAUGGAGCUAUUGAAUAUGGACCUCUUGUCUAUCCGGAAGCAGAGCAUCUUCCCGUAAUUGUCGGAGUGGCGAAAGUGAUGCCGAUUUCCGAAUGGGGCUGCGUUCCAUUUGUCGUAUCGAUACCGGAAGCAUUAGAGGGAGAUGCUGAUGUAUAUGACAAGGUUGACCGCCUUGUAGAGCAGUACAAGUUUACAGGAACCAAACAUAUAAUCCAAUACUAUGAAUAG